AUGUCUAAAGUGGAACUAACCGAAGAACAAAGAAAGGAAUACACACAAGCCUUUGAGGUAUUUGACAAGGAUAAGGACGGAUUUGUUUCUCGCCAGGAGUUAAAGACUAUCAUGAGAUCCCUGGGACAGAAUCCUUCCGAAGACGAUAUUGAAGAGUUGAUGGUGACUGCAGAUUCGAAUCAAGACGGUAAAAUCUCCUACGACGAGUUCAUGACGCUGAUCAGUAAUCAAAUCAAGCAAUCGGAGGAUGUGGACGAAAUGUCUGAGGCAUUCGCUGUAUUUGAUGUCGACAAGGACGGAUAUAUUACGAAGAGCGAGCUUCGUCAGGUGAUGAAUCGUCUAGGCGAGAAUCUUACGGAUGCUCAGCUUGAUGCGAUGAUUAAAGAAGCGGACGGCGAUAAGGACGGAAGAAUCGACAUCAACGAGUUUAGAAGUCUAAUGAAGUUGUCUGUUUGUUCAACAAAGAUAUCGAAAAACGCAACUAAAACAAACGAGCUUUCUUUCUUUCCAAUUGCUCCAGAUAGGCCGUUCGCUGGCUCGUUAUCAUCGCGAUCCGCUGCUCCUCCAGCGAUUGCUUCGUCGAUGCAUCCGGACUUUCCAUGCACGGCUUUAAUUCCUUGA